UCGCCACUACCACAGGCGUCUCUCUCUCUCUCUCUUUCUCUCUCUCUCUCUCUCUACACCACUUUGAUUCUGUAAACUCCAUUUCUCUCACUUCUUGCUAUCAUGGUGGAACCGGUGGAGCUACCAAGUCGACUCGGAAUUCUUCCGUUCAGGAAUAAGGUUCUUUUGCCCGGCGCCAUCAUUCGGAUUCGAUGCACUUCGUCCAGCAGUGUUAAACUGGUGGAGCAAGAGUUGUGGCAGCGAGAAGAGAAGGGGUUGAUUGGUAUUCUUCCAGUUCGAGAUGAUGCAGACGCAUCAGCAAUAGGGCCUGUGUUAUCUCAAGGUGUGGGAAGCGAUCCUGGAGAUCGUAGCUCAAGGGCUCAAUCUGGAUCCUCUGACUCACAAAGAGUAGAUGGGAAAAAUCAUCAGGAAGUAAUUCAAUGGCAUUCAAGGGGUGUUGCUGCUCGUGCCUUGCAGCUGUCUAGAGGAGUAGAGAAACCAAGUGGAAAAGUGACAUAUACGGUUGUGCUAGAAGGUUUAUGUAGAUUUUCUGUCCAGGAACUUAGCACCAGAGGAACAUAUUAUACUGCAAAAAUAUCACCCUCAGAAAUGACAAAGGCAGAGAUGGAGCAAGUGGAGCAAGACCCAGAUUUUAUUUCAUUAUCUCGACAAUUCAAAGCUACUGCAAUGGAGCUUAUAUCUGUUCUUGAACAGAAACAAAAAACUGAAGGAAGAACAAAAGUUCUUUUGGAUACAGUUCCAGUUCAUAAACUGGCUGAUAUAUUUGUUGCCAGUUUUGAGAUGAGUUUUGAAGAGCAAUUAUGCAUGCUGGAUUCGGUUGACUUAGGAGUAAGGCUUUCCAAAGCAAUGGAGUUAGUUGACAGGCAUUUACAGUCAAUACGUGUAGCAGAGAAGAUUACGCAGAAAGUAGAAGGACAAUUAUCAAAAUCACAGAAAGAAUUUCUCUUGCGUCAGCAGAUGAGGGCAAUAAAGGAGGAGCUUGGUGAUGACGAUGAUGAAGAUGAUUUUGUUGCCCUGGAAAGAAAGAUGCAAAGUGCUGAAAUGCCUGCCAAUAUCUGGAAGCAUGCUCAGAGGGAGUUGAGGAGCCUUAAAAAGAUGCAACCUCAACAACCUGGGUACAACAGUUUGCGUGUUUACCUUGAGCUUCUAGCUGACCUUCCUUGGAAAAAGGAAACUGAAGAACUUGAAUUAGACCUGAAAGCUGCAAAGGAACGUCUUGACAGUGACCACUAUGGUUUGGUCAAGGUCAAGCAACGAAUUAUUGAAUAUCUUGCUGUUCGGAAGCUUAAGCCAGAUGCAAGAGGGCCCGUGCUCUGCUUUGUUGGGCCACCAGGUGUGGGAAAGACAUCUUUGGCAUCAUCUAUUGCUGCUGCUCUGGGCAGAAAAUUUGUACGCAUAUCCCUGGGUGGUGUUAAAGAUGAGGCUGACAUUAGGGGUCAUAGGAGGACAUACAUUGGAAGCAUGCCAGGGCGUCUUAUUGAUGGACUGAAGAGAGUAGCUGUUUGCAAUCCAGUGAUGCUAUUAGAUGAAAUUGAUAAGACAGGAUCUGAUGUGCGGGGAGAUCCAGCUUCAGCUCUUCUGGAGGUUCUUGACCCUGAACAGAACAAAAAGUUCAGUGAUCAGUAUCCUAAUCUAACAUAUUUUAUUUAUCUGUACACAGCCCGCAUUUUGGUCAUAGAGUUAGCUUUUAGCUUCUGUAUGUUUUUAUGAAGGCAGGGAUGAAGGUAAGAAUAAUUUAGUUUUAAAAAUUGAAUGUUAAGCAUUAGGGCAUUGAUAACUUCAUUUUUGAAAUCAAGUGUUAUUUGGUCCGUCGUUAUGGAUAUUCCUGGUGAAUAAAUGUUUUCUUG